AUGUUACGUCGGCGUGUCACGGUUGGGUUUGCGCCGCGGGCCGCCUUCGCCGGUGCCGCCGCGGCGACCGCGCGGGGCCUGGCGGGGUACGGCGUGGAGGCCGCUGGCUCGCUGAGACUCUCGAGCGCCGCCCUCAGGCGGCUCGAUGCCUCCAGCCGAUACGCCGCCGGCUGCCUCGCGGGCGGGCUCUGGCUUGGGGCCCGGCCGCACUCCACCUCCACGCCGUCGCUGAGCAUUUCCUCCGCCCGCGCCCUUCCCGCCUCGCCGCAUCAGUGCUCCAUUGAGCAGGUGCUGCUCCCCAGCGUGCAGACAAGCGGGAGCGGCAUUCGCACCGAGACGCUGCGGGGGAUGGUGCAGCUGCUGCUCGACCCCGACGCGACGGACGUGGAGGACGUCUCCAUGUUGGACUUUGUCGUCAUGGUGCCGAAGCGGCAGCUGAUCGCGCUGCACGGCCGAAAGGAGCGGCUGGAGGUGGUGCUGAGCUCGGAGCGGUAUCAGGCGUGCAAGGACGCCCGGGCGCUGCGGCUUGCGGGCGUCACGACGGUGGGUCGCUGGGAUGAGAACCGCGACCGUGUCCCCAUCUCCGCCUACUCGCGUGGGCUGCUGGAGGAGGCGUACGCGGCAAUGGCACGACACCCGGUGGAGACGCAGAAAAAUCAGGUCAUUGCGUGGCUUACAAAGACGAUUCAAAAGGCCGUCAUUGAGGAGUUCGCGGCGAACAAGAGCAACCGGCAGUUUCUUGCCCCGCUCAUCACGGGCAUGCAGGCGCUGCCAGAGACCGCCGUGGCAGCGGCCAACGCCGCCAGCGCCGCCGCGAUGACGGAGGGAGACGAGGCGCCGCACCCACAGGCCGAGGCGGAGGCGGAGGAGGAGGCAAAAAAGAAACGCACCGAGGACGCCGCCGCGGCGGAGGUGGAGCACGGCGGCCACAGCAGCGCCAAGGCAAACAAGUCCGCGCGGGUUCGCGGACGAAAGCACGCCAGGCACGCCGAGCCCGUGGAAGAGGGGGCUGCGAAAGCGGGAGGCGGCGGCGGCGCCAUGGGUGACGAUGUCAAGAAAAGCGACAAGUCACACCCCGCUGCCGCCGCUGCAGAAGACGACGACGAUGCAGAAAUCGCCCGGCUGCUGCAGGAAACGGAGCAGGAGUUUGCCCCGACCCCGUACAUCCGCGGCAGUAGCGACAGCAAAGGUGCGACAGCGGCAUCCGCGACAACGGCGGCGGCGGCGGCCAGGAACGAUGCCGAGGAUGCGAAGCCUGCCAAGUUGAAGAAAAAGAAGUCCGCAGACGCCGCUAGCAAGUCAGCCGAAGGCGAGCAGCCGCACGAGGAAAGUGUGACUGCCGCGGCGGAUGCUAACACGUCAAUGCCGGACUCAAAGCAGAACAGGUCGCUCGCACGGCUCGCAGAACUGAUGCUUAUUCAGUUCAAUAGCGCCGAUGGCUAUCUGCACAUUCCCGACAUUAAAGACGAUGAAAAGAAAGGGUUCGUUAUCGCCAUAGACGGGGAUAGCGCGCAGGUGGAUCCGUUUGCGCUGUAUAGCACCUUUGGUGCGGCAAAGCUAACUGGCGGGGAACCAGCGGCGAUCACGGCGUUGAACCAGGUCUGGGCCGCGUACAGCGCCUACACGGAGGCGCACGAGGCGGCGGAAGACGACGCCACGGCGAAGUUUUUCAAGGAAAAGGGCGUGGAGGCUUUAGUGCACGGCGCCGUCUUGCUGCGCGCCAUCUCGCGUGAUCAGGCGGUCACACUGGUGCCGCAGGAUAUUCCAACGUACGGGUUUCCGCUGCUUUCCUCCGAUCGUCGGCCGCAUCGCACGCGACGGAGCAAAGGUGCAACGGACAUGACGGCAGAAAAGGUGUCUGAGGCCGUCAAGGCGUACACGGCCUUCUUUGCCAGCAAAAGCAAGAAGUUCACGCCGAUUCGUCCAACCAUUGACUACAACUCGGGGUGCAGCGUGGCGGCGUUGAUGGGCACGACGCUGCACCUCUACGAAACCUCCUUGAAGGAGACGGUGCGUGAGGAGGACAUCCGCUGCCGCUUUGGCGAGGCGAUGCUGGGUGUUCUGCACGUGGUGGAAAAGAAGGUGAUCACGCGCAUUAACGUCGUGCACUACCACAUUCUUGCCACCUCUCUCAGUGGCGGGGGCGCAGGCGCAGGUGGCAUGGACGGGAUGACGACUUCCAUCGUCAGCGUCGAUAUCACGGGCCCCUUCACCGCCGCGGAGAGGACGCGGCUGCAGCAGCUUGCGGAGCCACUCGGCAUGUCGGGCGCCAUCGCCGCCUGCAAGUGUGUCUCGGAUAUCGUGGAUAACAUUGAGGCCCUCGGCGUCUCGGUGGUGCACGACAUCUUGACCAACCGCGACGACCUGGAGGCGCUGCUCACCCCCACGCUCGUGCAGCUCCUGCCAGAGGCGGAGGAGGAAGAGGAGGAGGAGGAGCAAGAGACGGAGAAGCGGCCCUCCGUGAGGCGCGCGCCCGCAACGGCCGCCGCCGCCGCGAAGGACGCAUCCUCCAAGUCCGGCAGCACUGCCGCGGGUGUGAAGGCGGCAGCCACGGCGGCGGCGGCCGACGACGACGAGGAGGAGGAAGAAGAAGAGGAAGAGGAGGCCGAUGGCAUCAAUGCCGAGGGCGAAGAGGAGGAAGAGGAAGCUGAGGAGGGGGAGGAGGAAGAGGAAGAGGAAGAGGAAGAGGAGGAAGAGGAGGUGAAACCUGCAAAGGGCGGGAAGCAGAGGACGGCUGCUGCAAAGCAAAAGGCAGCCGCCGUUGAGGACGAGGAGGAGGAAGAUGAGGAGGAGGCGGUAGACGAGGAGGACGAGAAAAGGAUGGAAAAUGGGGCGGACGACGACGACGACGACGACGAGGAGGAAGAAGAGGCGCCACGUGCGGCUGCCACGGGCAGGAAGCCGCCCGCCCCGGCCCCCGUGAAGGGGCGCUCGGCCCGGGGCCGGGUGCAGCCGUCGGCGGAGGCGGCGGAGGAGGAAGUCGCGGAGGCUCCGCGGCAGCCGGCGCCGCAGCGGACGCCUGCGCCGAGGAAGACAACGCACGCCGGCAAGCGCGCGCCGCCACCCCCGCCCGCGGCUGCUGCCGCUGACGACGACGACGACGACGACGACGGUGCUCUGGACGAGGAGGAGGAGGAGGUGGUGCAGCCCCCGCCCCCGCCGCAGCACAGCGCCGCAGCGAAGAAGGGGCAUGCGGCGAAGAAGCCGGUCCCGCCACCGCCGGCUGCCGCAGAGAAUGAUGAGGACGAAGAGGAGGAAGAAGUCGUGCGGCGUCCGAUGAAGAAAGGCGUGGGUUCGAAGCGUGCACCGCCGCCACCUGCGGCGCCGGCGCCGGCAGAUAACGAUGAGUCCAUGGAGGAAGAGGAGGAGGAGGAGGUUGUUGCGGCGCCGCGUGCACGGAACCGCGGGCGGCGCAUGAACCGCGCCCUUCCCAGUUCCGCCAGUAACGCUAACGACGAGGAGCGCUGGUUCCAAAAGGCGAGGCGUUGA